UUGUAUAUCAAAAACGGUGUGCAAAAAGUUGCACACUAAACAAAAGACCAAAACGUCAACAGGCAAAGGUAAAACUAACAUAGCUACUGUAUAUCUGGUUAAAGUUGUGGUUGUAGUGCACCGCAUCAUACAGUGAGUGUAUAUUGUGGUAAUUUGAAUGUAAAUUACCUUAAUGCCAGUGUUAGUUGCAUCCCUUACAGCCUCCAGCAGUCUGUCGUAUUUGGGAUUGAAAGUGACGGUGAAGGCGCAGUCUAUUAUUCGACCUGGGGGAAGCAAACAACAUAUUGGUGUUAAUGUCGUAUAAAAGCGAUAUCAUGUAUAAGCAGUUUUUAUAUGAGAAUGAAAACAAUACUGGGGCACCACACACUUUUUGAAUUCAAGUUUCUCAUCCAGUUUAAUGCUAUACGUAAAUUGUACAAACAUUACAAAACAUACUACAUAGCAGAUGCCUUAACCAAGAUCACCAGACUUGCUCGGAUUCUCGGAUUCUCGGAUUGUCGGGCCACUUGUUGUUAGGCAGAAUUCACAGUCUCACGUACAGUACACACCAAGGAAUUAAUGGAUCACACUGCGUUUUCUUUGUAAUAAAUAUUAGGCAUGGACAUUUGACAAAAAUCUAUAAUUAUCAAUUUAUAAUGUAGAAAAUUAAUCAUCACUUCAUUCAUUUAUUAUUAUUUUUUUAUUUUGAAUAGGGACUCCUUUUUCCAUACUAGUGUUGUACUGAGAAGAAUACUGUUUCCUGGAAAAGUUGCACAGUGUGGAUGUAGUUCAGUAUGUCAUGGUCAUUUUUUUCAGGUUGACUUUUCAGACUGACUCCUUAGCACUUGCAGCCAAGUACUGCACUCCUUCGUGGCUCUACGGCUUCAGGACGCCAUUAAUAAACCAAUCAGUUUCAAAUGAUAACUCCUCACCGUUGAUGUGGGUUCCAAAGUCUAUUUUGCAGACGUCGUCAUAGCGUAGCACCGUGGGGUCCCCUGCGUUUGGGGUGUAGUGGGCAGCGCAGUGGUUGAUGGAGCAGCCAGUGGGGAAGGCCAAGCCUGCCUUUAGCCCAUUUUCCUUAAUGAGCUUCCUAGAGCAGUCCUCAAGCUUCUCACUGACAGGAAGAACAAGCAGCACAAACAUCAACAGUCUUGAAAGCAGUUAGUGAUUUGGCAGGGGCUUUUGAGUGACGGCUCACCAGAUGUCGAUCAUCGUCAUGCCCGGCUUGAUCCAGCUCCUCACGUAGGAGCGGACCUGACGGUGGGCCUCAGCCGCCUGCCUGAAGUCGCUCCACAUCUCCUCAUUGGCUGAGUCUAGGGCUCGUUUCUCCUCACUGGAAGUCCUCCACGCUGCACUGCGUCUAUAUUGGAGGACAUAAUGGCCACACGCUGUCAGGUUGCUAAAUGAAUACAGUAAAGAACGCAAUGACCAAGAGUGUGUUCAAAGUUAAAAUCAACUUGGUUCGUCUGGUCAAGUGUGGACGCUUUUAUCCGAACCCUGUUGUGUGCCAAACAAGUGGACAGAUACCACUUGAUUGUUGGGUCUCAGUCCGCUUUCAAGUGUGGUUUACUUGAGCUCAAAUGUGACCCAAAUGGACCCAAGACACGGACCAGUGUUAAAAAGACAGCAAAAAUCUUGCAGAAAUGACAAAUAUGGAAGAGAAAUUGUACGGGAAGUACUGUCUCUCUGCUUUGCUCUUUGUCUUUGUGGUAAAUAUAGCAGAAUAUUCUGUCCAAAUAAUCUGCAUAUUCAACCCAUCAGACAACAUUCUGAUUUGGAAUAUUUGAGUUAUGUCAUGUAAAAGUCAGUACUUAAAGCAUAUGUUCUUUACUGCGCUGCCUUUGGUCCCAAGACAAAAAUACCAGCGUGAACCCUAAACCAACCGCACAAAAGUGCAUCCAUCCCUCCAUCCAUUUUCUAUGCCGCUUAUACUCAAUAGAGUCGCAGGGGUAUGCUUGGAGCCUAUCCCAGCUGACUUUGGGCGAGAGGCGGGGCACACCCUGGACUGGUCGCCAGCCAAUCGCAGGGCACAUAUAGACAAACAACCAUUCACUCUCACAUUCAUGAAAGCACAUAUCAACUGUCUUGACCAGAGUACUGAACCAAAAGUGUGAACACAGCCUAAGGCUGUGUCUCAAAAUCAACAUUUCAGUAUGCAUACUACUGUAACAUACACCGCCUACUUAGUUCCUGAAUGCACAAAUUUUGACUGAGUAGUGCUCUCCCAAAUCGGUUACUGUCGUUGCGUACUCAUCGUUAUAUUGAUUGCGAUAUUUAUCCACUUCCUCUUUUUCUUCUCUCCUUUUUGCAACCUCUCAAGUUAGUCCCGCCCCUUCUACUACAUAGCCAAGAGUGUGAAUGCACUUGUACACUCAAAAUGCUGUGUGUGUGUGUGUGUGUGUGUGUGGAAAUGCACAAAUUGAGACACAGCCCAGGUGUGAAGACUACAGCAUAAAAAUGGGACCAUGUAGAGGUCACCCACCCAUCUUUUGAGGGCGGGUAUUCGCACUCCUCUCCUCUUGGGAAUUCUCCAUUGGGAUAAAGCUCGCAAAUGGGGACUGAGGGGGGGUCAGUCUGUCCCUUCACUGUGGCCCACAUAGACAAGGAGAGUGCAUUAGAUAUUAGACACAGAAAAGAAACAAGUUAUGUGUUGAGAUACAAUUUAUAUUACCCUGUUAGCCAAAUAAUAAGUGCAUAAUGUAACAAUAUAAUUACCUUCAUAGUGUGUUAGUGUAUUAGAAGCACUGCAGCACUUGUGCCAUAUGUAGUACAGACUAAAGUCACACAAUUUGGGGUUCAACCAUUUUUUUGUAAGAAAUGUGCCUCAAAAGUCAAACACAUGUGAGAUGUCAGCAAAUCUUGUGAGACUUAACUGCGCAGUUGUUUAUUUUUGCUUUUUCUGUGGCUUUUUUCACCACCAAACAAGGAUACAAGUAAAAGCAAAGAGGAAAAAAAGUCUGAUGAUAACCAUAGAACCAGAAAUGAUGAGAUGAUGCUUACAUAAAUAUGAAGGCAUGCAGCGGAAAGCAUAAUGGCUAAAGACCAGCCAGGGCGGUCCUCCCCCAGGGAUUUGGGGUUCCAUGGAAUAAAUAUCACUUUGGGUCCCACCAAAAAACACAACAAACCCCUAGAAACCUAGAAAAUACAUUCUCUAGGGCCCCCUUUUAAUCGUCAAUCGUCACUUUUCUCCCCCUGAUGACUAGCAUGGAAAUGACCAAGAGGCUUUCCAACAAACCUGCUCUUUCUUUAGCAGGUGAGUAGUUCCAUUUUAUUACUUGUAUGUAGUCAUUAUUACUUGUAUGUAGUCAUUACAAAGUGGUGAACUUAUCUUACACUUGUUUAACAGUUAAACAUAGUUCAGUGUUACUUAAAACAUUGCCUGCAACAUUAAACAAGGUUUUAUGAUGGUGGCAGUUUGACCCUGGAAUGGAUCAUUUCUAUUUCCAUGAAGUCCUAUGGGGAAAACUGUUUUGGGAGUAGAACAACAGUUCCACUGUAGUAUAUUGUACUGUAGUAAUUUGCAGUGGUGUUAACACACUACACACACUACAUUUUACUGAGAGAUGUUUGGUUCACUUAUUUAGCGAGAUAAGAUGGCCAAAAUAUUAGAAAGAGUAUGUAGGACAAUGUUGGUGUGAAUCCUACUCACAUCCUUUCUUCUUUUUCUUCUUCUUCUUCCUCCUUGCGAUGGAGUUCUCCUCCUCGUCGUCAUCCCCUAGCAAGUAUCACUCAUUUCAGGCUAGUAGUUAAAAAAAAAAGUAUAUUCAAGAUGAUGGCACAUUUUACCUUCUUCGCCGUCCUCGUCCUCCCUCUCUUUGUCCUCCAGCGUUUGCCUCUCCAGCUGUUCCGUCACUUCACCAACACCUCCAGCUUCUCCAUCCUCCCCCUCGGCCUUGUGUGCCCCCGCUGCUGCAAAGUCACAUCACCCCAUCACAGGUGCGCGUAUGUUGCAGGCUUUUCAGGGGACGUUUGCAGUGAAAAAUGCCUCGACGAUCGUUGCUUUGUGUUGCUUACUGACGCAGCCAGUCUCCAUUUGAACGUAAAAGAAGGUGCGGGAGUAAAGUUUGAAAAAAUAGGGCAUUUUCCUCCUCCACAUGACUUCGUUGAACGAAUUCUUCCCUCAGCCUUUGUAUUUCUUUGACCAGCCUGCAAGGCCACCGAAAAUAAAAAAGGUGAAAGUUGUACACGUGGAUAAAAAUAAAGAGGAGCAGAAAGAAAAAAGGACAGAAAAUGGCAAACAAGCAAAGAUCAACAAAAAAGCACAAAGCGAUGAGCUGCCAGACGCACAACCACAGGAUGAAUCAUGCGAGGAGGAAUCCACAGAAGAAGUCGAGGACGCCUCCACUACAGAGAUCCAGGACCCUUUGUUCGGCCUUAAGCGGGACGCCCCUCACCUGUUGAAUGAAUUGGGUCGUUCUAUGUCCCAACACAAGUGGACACCGUCGCAGGUUGGAGAUAUUCUCAACUACACCUGGGCAGAACUCAGAAGCACAGACAAGACAAUUCCUAAAGCGGCAGAUAAGCAGAAGUCAUCUGGGAGAAAGAAAAAGUCACAGAAGAAAGAGCAAAAAACAAGCGAAGUCGCAGAAUGUGCAGGCGUACCUAAUGAAGUAUCUGCGCCCACCAACCCCUGCACCAGUCCCACCAUUCCCAACCAGACCACUGCAUCCAGCACCAUUCAAGAAGAAGCAGGUGAAGAUUGUUUUGUUCCAGCUGUGAGUGAGGAAACUCCUUCGAUAGAGACGUGUCAAUGGGUGGUGGAGCGACUGCAGGCCACCAGAAGUCCACAAGACCCGCAAGCAGAGGAGCAGGAGUUUAACGAAUCUCCCAUUUUGUGUCACUAUUUGGAUGAAACGCCUGAAGUGGAGGAAAAUAAAGAGACGAGUGAGACCGACACACAGUGUGUCGUUAAUGGGUUUCCUCAGAUACCGGAAGUGAGUCAGCGGGAUCCUUCACUGAGGAAAUUUCAUUACAGGAUCAGCGAUGGAACCUCAUUCAUAUAUUACCCAUCAGGCCACAUGGCUGUGUGUCACAGCCACUCAGGUCUGCCCUCUGGAGGCUUUUACACGAACGUCUUCACUGACAACCACACUCCCAUCAUCCUGGCCACUAUCACUAUGUAUGGCCAUGGCCAUGUCACACAUCCUGUCAGUUCUGUCGUUACAGCAGUGUGGGACCAGCACGGCGGAUUCAUGUGUGACCGUGACGCCAACAUGAAGAAGGAGUGGAGCUGGAAGACAGAGGAAGAAGCGCAGGAGAAGAUUGUUGUAAAGCUUUCAAAGGGCAUCUCAGUGCGGCUGCACAGCGGCACGUCUGCUCUGCUCUGCUUCAAGUGUGAACAGCAGAAGGUUCAGAUCCCGCUUUCUGCUGUACCUUACUUGUCCAAGGAACCGGAGUCAGGCCCGUCACUCCUGGAUGGGGAAGGGAUGCCAGGACGUUGGAGGAAAGGAAAUGUUGUGAUGGCCGAGCUGAAGAAAAUUCAACUGAAAGCACAAGACAUUCUAGACGCUUGGCUGGACUUUUACCUCAUAGCCACUGGUAUCAAGCGUCGUAAGAAAAAGCCAAAGACCUCAUCAAAGACCAAGCACAAGAAACGUAAACGUUCAUCUUCAGCGCCUGCAAAGAAAUCGUCUGAGAAGAAAAAGCCCGCUCCUCCCAAAGAGGUUAUUCAUGAGCAACAAUUGGUGCCCAUACCAAAACCAAAAACCAAACAUAAGCCCAAACCAAAACCAAAACCAAAAAUUCGAGAAUCUCCAGCCAAGAACGUAAGGCCACUAAAGCAAGCAAGGGAAUAUAAUGUCACACAAGUCGGCCCUCUUCGUAUCCAUGGAAACAUCAAACAAGAGUCAGUGAUUCUUCCAGGCAUUCCAGAUCCACGUCUCACCACUUUGCCUCCCUGUCCCACCCAGUCCUGUUUCCCCUCCUCGGUUCCCCUUACUGUGUGCCCCCCGCUGUUGAGGGCGGCACUGCUCAAGGACCUCAAGGAGCAAGGGCCCAGGCGAUGCUGCUGCAGCACCGCGCUGAUGCCUGUGCUGACGGAUACGGAGUACGACGCCUUCAUCAUGGGACAGCCCAAGCACAGUCAGCAGAUCCUGGUCGUGUACGUGACACUGCCUGUCAAGUGGGAAGAGACUAUGGAGAAGGAUGCCAUGCAGCGGCUUUACCGGAGGACCAACAGGAAUAGAACGAUGCCGUGCACUCAGUGCCAGAUGGACUCCUUUCGCCUGGUGAGGUACGAGGUGUCAACAGGGGCACUGGGCUGUCCAGUAGACAACAUUCUGCUGCAGCAUCGCCACAAUGUCUCUUCUGGCAUGAUUCUGAUGUACAUCCGAGGGACGCUGAUGUUUUUGGGCUACGUAUCCAGUGGUCUCAGCUUCUCCAUCUUGGACCUUCAGAAACAAAUAUUAAGAACCAGGGAGGACUACAGGUCGGGUGUGAGCCUCCCUCCAGAUUACAAGUUCAGCGAAAGGCCAAAGGUCAGCGCGGCUCCCCCCGAAGCCCCAGAUGCAAAUAAAGCCGAAGGUCCACCACUGACGGGAAGGAAUGACACGACGUUGACUCAUUCAGGGGAAAAAGAAUGUCUCAAUGAGACUUGUGACUGAAUGAGAUGAGUUGAUAUCCUGUCAAAAUGUGAUGACGUAAUUAUCCUGUUGUGUUGCGAACCUGCAUCAUAUUUAUCAUAGCGAUCUGCAGAGUUCAUCAAGCAGUCACUGGAAGCACAAUUGUAGCAUGGAAAUUACCCAUAAUCUGCUCCUAAAGAAGAAGACUGGGGCAAUGAAUCUAUUUAAAUAUAGAUUUUCAAUUCAAAGAGCUUUACACAGAUAUGAUACGCUAGUGGUAAAAGUGUGUGGUGAUCAAUGAGAUAUAAAAUUCUAGUUUGUUUGGCGUCACUAUAAUAUGUUUUACUUUCUGUUCUCCAUCAAACUUCCCUGAUUACUGAUAGCACUGUGAAAGCGCCACAACAGUCGGCAGUGUUUGAGUGUUACUUCCUCGGUCGUGCAUCAAAUGUAGAUGAGCUAUAUUUGUCAUCUUUUUAAAGGGGUUUAAAAAUAGCAAAUAGGAUGCAUGUGCAUAUAUUUUUGUACGGAUGAAUAAUCACAAUGGACAUAAACAGUACAUAUUUGUCAUUGAUUGUAACACGCGUUGCAAAGGGGGGGGCAUUUUCUGGUAAAUGACACAUUUUAUGAGAAUGUAAGAAUGAAUGGGAAUUGAUGACAUAUUUGGCAUAAUUCAUUCAAUUCAACAAACGAUUAUGAUUUUCUUGCUGAGAAUUGAGAUUGUGAUUCUUUGGGACGAUUUUUUUCACACAUGCACACACACACGCACACACACACGCACAUGCACACACAAAACAUUCAGGGCCAUGUGCUUUAGUUUUUAAUAAAUCACACUGUUUUUUUUAUUAUUAUUAUAAUUAUUAUUAGACUCCUCAUUGGCCUGUUCUGCUUUAAACAAAUGGCCAAUGGUCUUUCUGUCACUCUUCAUGGGAGGUCCCUGAAGGAUAGCUGAUUUCAUAGAAAUGAAUAGAAAGACAAAAUAAUCCAUCAAGUCAAAAACAUGGUACGCUCGCUCACUCCACAAUACACUCAUGCACGUAAUAAAGACGAGUCAAAAGAAAAGUCAAUUAAUGCAAUUGCUAUCCUGUGAGCUGAUGAAUGAUAGUCCUUGCCAGCCAGGGCAGGUGGAGCCAACUCACCCUGGCAUGCAAAGCUUGCUGGAAGACAGGGAGAGCGAGAAGGAAGUGUCGGCCGCUAUGACGACAGUGCAGG